GACUAUGCCCGGAUGUUUCCCAAGCCUCCGCUGGCUCGCCGCCUCUGUCUGGUAUCGGGCGCUGUAAGCGACAUGGAUGGCGGGGAGGAGCAGGUGAUGUUGCCGCCGAGUCCUCUGGAAGGGCCCCGGUUGGAGAAGAAGGAGGAGGAGGACGAGGCGGCGGCGAAGCAGGAAGAGCCGAGCAUUGAGCCCCAGCCGGCUGCCGAAUAUUGCCCCGUGAUGGAGGCGCUGACUUGGAAGAGGCCGUUCUGCACCCUGGCCAGCUUCCUCUGCGCCAACCUGCUCUUCUGGUUCCUAGCACUAACUCCUUGGAAAUUUUACCACCUGGUUUCACUCAUACUACUUGGAAUAGUCUUUAUGCAAAUGAUGAAGGAAUUAGUGCUGUCUAGACUAAAAGGUGGGCAGUUAUGGCGACAUCUCACUGACUACUUCCAAGUCAGUGAGUCCGAAUCCGAAAAUCGCCUUAAACUGAACCAAUGUAUAGAAGAAGCAAUGAUGAGUUUCUUCUUGUUCCUCCAAGAAAUGUCUCAUUUUAAAGAACAGAACCCUGGCAAGUUUUGCCUUCUGAUCUGCAGCAUAUGCACAUUCUUCACAGUCUUGGGAAGUUACAUUCCUGGAAUUGUACUCUCCUAUCUUCUAUUAUUAUGUGCCUUUUUAUGUCCAUUCUUCAAGUGCAAUGAAUUUGGACAAAAGGUAUAUAACCACAUUAAGUCAUAUCUGCUGAAACUGAACUUUGGAAUACAAGACUUUAUCAACCAAAAGUUAAAAGAGAGAGCAGAAAAGAUCAAAAUAAAACCAAGUGAGGAUGACAGUGAACUAGACUUAUCAGCUUUAUGUCCUAAGGUUAGCUCAGCCACUGCAGCCAAGGAGAUGUCUGUAUCAGACACUGAUAUCUCAGAGAUAUCUUGGACUGACAACGGAACUUUUAAUUUAUCUGAGGGAAACACUCCACAGACAGACACAUCCGAUGAUUUUGAUCGGCCAAGUGACCAUGAGGAAGCUUUCGCAAAGGAUCUUGCAGAAUUUCCAUCUGUAGAAAAUGGUGCUGGAACAAACGAUGAUGAUGAUUCAAGCAUUGGCUUGCCAGUGCGGCAUAAAAGGAAAAAAGCUCAUCCCCCAACCCCAUUGGACAAGUAUUACAGGCAGGAUAAGGAGGGGCUCUCUGCAGCAGGCCUUUCCUUGUCUUUGAUCAAUGACCAGGCCUUCAGCUUGGUGACAGCAAUUGCUGGCGAUGUUGUUACAUCGGUGGUAUCAGCAGCCGUCAGAGAACAGUUGCAAUCUGUGCAGGAAAUCCCAACUAUAAGUGAAGAGGCAGAUGCAGAAGAAGGAGAUGAUUUUGAACUGCUUGACCAGUCAGAGCUUGAACACAUGGAAAGUGAACUGGUGCCUACCAAAAGCCCAAAGGCAGAGCCACAGGAAAAGAAGAAGUCCUCAAGCUUCCUCUCAAAUCUGCUUGGCGGGCAUUAAUGUGGAAAGAGAAGCUGCUUAAUAGUGUAUCAACAUAAAUACAGACAAUGUGAAAUGCAAGGAGAGAAAUUAUGAGCUGUAAGCUUUAUCUAUUAUUCUAGAUGUGCUGUAACAUUCUUCAUGCAGAGUGAACUAACGUGUUUUAGAUCAAUUGAUGCUGGUAGCUUUGUUUCCGAUAGUGAUGCCAUAGAAAUGAAAUCACGUUAUUUUCAUUCACAGCAAUUUAAGGGGCUUCUUAUACAAAUGUAGCUCAGUUUUGGCUGUCGCCAAAUCUUUGUCACUUUCAGCCUGUUUGUUCUUUUUUUUCCCCCCAAGCAUUUUGGCAGCAGUAUUUCAGGGAGAAAAAAAUAUCUGCAAAAUUCAAAAAGCCAUCAUAUCCUACCUUAACAAGGCUCUGAACAUUUUUGCUGCCAUCAUCUCUAACGUACCAAGUCACACAUUCUCUACUUGGAUAGUAAUUUUUUUGUAUUACCUGUCUGAAUCUGUUAUUCAUAUGGGUUAGCUAGAGAAGCAAUUUCUUUUCCAACUGUAUUCUUAAGAAGCCUUGGAAUUAAGCAAAAUAUCCAUAUCCUAUAUAUCAGUGAUGGCAAACCUAUGGCAUGCGUGCCGGAAGUAGCACACAGAGCCAACUCUCUCGGCAUGUCAGCUGUCACCUGUUGCUGUUCCAAGUUCAGGCACACACAUGCGUGCCAGGCAGCUGGUCUUCGCACAUGCGGGGGCACCAGAAACCGGAAGAGCAGCUCCCUGGCGUGCAUGUGCAUGCGCACACCAGUCAGCUGGUCUUUGCAUGCAUAUGCGUGCCAAAAACCAGAAGACCACGUGACCAGUAUGCAUGUGCAUAUUGGAAACUGGAAGUUCAGCUUCUCGGGCGCACGCAUGGGUGCUGGGGAAUUGCUCUUCCAGUUUCUGGUGUUCCCGUGCACACACGCGCUCCCGUUCGCCAACACUGCAGUAUACCGUAACGCACUUUGUACAACUACUUGUAGCACAUGUAUCUGCUGUGUGGAAUUGAAUUUAGGUUGAGUAGGAAAUGAUUAGGAAAAAAAUCAAAAUUGAAAUUAAGUUGGGAUUUUUUUUUUAUUUUCAGUUCCAUUAAUUUAAAAUGGUUUAACCUUAUAUAUUUAAAAUAUAAAAUCAUACAGAUCUAAUGUAUUUAUUUUGAAAGACUACCAUUAUAUAAGAAAUAAAAUAUUGAACAUCCUGUGGUUCCACUUUGUGGAACAGAGUGUGGUUCACUCUGAGAAGAAACUUAGUAAAUCUUCUAUUGAGCAUCAUGGUUUACCUUUAAAUUUGAGGGUAACAGGAGUGCCUUAUCAAGGUGAACCAAACUUUAAAAAGAAGUAGCUUUAACAUGCUUUUACUGGCAUGUUAGAAGAAGCCAGCAGAUUGAGGGACCAUAUUAACUGCUCUGAUUUAUCUCCAACUUGUAGAGAUUUUUACUGGCAUUCUAAUCCGUAUACAUAGUAAUGGUGUGACCCUACGAAGUAAAGGUGCAGUUUAAAGAAAAUUUAUUUUAUUCCUGCUAUGUUUAUUAGGUAACUUGCAAAGUAAAUGUGACUUUGCAACAUGCAGAUCUGAGAAAAAUGUUAUGUUAGUUCAGUUCCAAGUCUUCUCUCUCUCAUCCUACCUUCUGUAAACAUUCAGUAAAGUCCACAUACUCAAGGCUACACUAAUCCAGUGCCAGUUCUAACUCUAAAGCAGAUUGUUCACUGAUUUCUCUACAUCUUUACCAAAUGUUACAUUUCAAAUGUGGAAGUGUAGAGAAAUACUGGGUUGCGAUCCCCCAGAGUGAAAACAAAACAUAGGCAUAGAAGGUACUACAGGUAGUCCUUGCUUAAGGACUACCCUGUUUAGUAAUAAUUUGCACUUAAAACGUAACUUUAUGACCAGUCUUUGCAUUUAUGACUAUCGCAGCACCCCAUGAUCACAUGAUAAAGAUACAGGCACUUUGCAGUACCUAGACAUUUACAACCAAAUAUUCCAUGGUCAUAUGAUCACCAUUUCUGCUUCCAAUAAGCAGAGUCAAUGGAAUAAAAUUGCAAUCUACUUGUUAUGGCCCACCAGCAGCCAGCAGAGCUGGCAGCAGAUUUGGACAGUGAGGAGGUUGGGGAGGAACAUGGGCCAGUCCUGGAGCCUGGGGAAGGCUCUUAUGAGGGCUCUGUGUCAAAGGCAGAGAGGGGGCCAGGGCCGGAUGCUAUCAUUCAGAGUCAGACAUCAGUGAGGCAGAAGAACAGCUGGAGCCUGUUCCCAGUGUGCACAUGCGCAGAGUUGCCAGACGAAGGGAACAGGGCCUCUGGUGGCUCAACAGGCUAAUGCAGCCUGUUAUUAACAGCAACUGCUUGCAAUAUUGCAGGUUCAAGUCCCACCAGGCCCAAGGUUGACCAUCCUUUAUAAGGUAGGUAAAAUGAGGACCCAGAUUGUUGGGGGGCAAUAAGUUGACUUUGUAUAUAGUAUACAAAAUGGAUGAAGACUAUUGCCUGACAUAGUGUAAGCCGCCCUGAGUCUUUGGAGAAGGGCGGGAUAUAAAUGCAAAUAAAAUAAAUAAAUAAAUAAAUAAAUAAAUAAACAAACAAACAAACAAACAAACAAACAAACAGCUAAAGAACAAGGGUCAACUUGGGAGUAAGGCCACAGAUGUACAAUGAAUGGCCCCUCCCAGAGGGAGUGAAAGGGGAGUGGAGUUUGCAGGAGACAAUUAGUUCACCUAAUUGGUUUGUGACUCUCCGAGACUCUUUGCCAAGGGCCUGGCAGCUCUCCAAGCCAGAUAAGGUCUAUGACUGUAAAUUCUCCCUUGAAAGACUUUGCUGAAAGUGAAUGAGAGGAAUUCACUGUUUGUUUAAUAAAAGAGGUUUUGUCGGGACCAGGAUUCUGCUUCCUGUUUUUUGGGAAAGCCUAGGUCAGAACACUACAUCUCGCUUAAUAACUGGGUGAUUCACUUAACAACAGUAGCAGAAACGAUCAAGUGAUGGCUUGUUUAAUGACCAUGUUGCUCAGUGAUAAGAGUUGCCAAUCUGAAUUCUGGUUGUUAAGCAGGAACUUAAUGUAGAGGUAGUCCUCGACCUAUGACCACAAUUGAGCCCAAAAUUUCCAUUGCUAAACAAGGCAGUUGUUCAGUUGCACCCCAUUUUCAACCUUUUUUGCCACAGCUGUUAAGCAAAUCUUUCCUGCUGUUAAGUGAAUCAUGUGGUCAUGAAGCUAAUCUGGUUUCCCCCAUUGACUUUGCUAGUCAGAAAACCGCUGGGAAGGUUACAAAUGUGAUCAUAUGACCUUGGAGUAGUCCAACUGCAAUAAAUAGAUGCCAGUUGCCAAGUGCCCAAAAUUCUGAUCACAUGACCGCAUGAAAACCGGUCAUGAGUCUUUUUUUCAGUGCCAUUGUAACUUCAAACGAAUGGUUGUAAGUCAAGGACUUGUAACUUCUUGUAUAAUAUCCGUUCUGCUUUUUAUUAUUAAAAAUGUUCCUUUCACUUUUUUUUAACCUAGAGUAGCAUAGGAGAAAGUGAUUUUAGACUCAGCAAAAGAAGGGUAUCAUAACCAUUACUUCAAAGUAAAUAAGGUACAAUACAGACUUAGAAGGGGUGCGAUAGGAAGCAAUCCUCGUAGCCCCAUCCCCCAGAGGUCUCCAUAUACAUUCGGCUUUUCUAUGUCAUCUCUGUGUGCAUCUAUAGCUACUUUGUUUUACUGAUGGUAAGUGCUGUCUGUACAUGGACAUUCAGGCAACCUUGGAAAACCUUCAAUGCAGUUGUGUGAAGCCUUUUGUGUAUAGUUGCCUCAAACGUUUUGGGGAUGGUUUGUUCAAAUUGAUGUGUUUUGCAGUGUCCUUUUCAAAAUCUUUGCAAAGUCCUAAAAGUAAAUCCUCUUAAGAUUUUUUAAGGAAAGCACCUGGUUUCAGUAAAAUCAGUGUUUUGGUAGCUUGGUUUUGACAAUACCAAGUUCUGACAGUUCUUGCCAAUCAAAUGUAUUAGAUAUUUGCAUAAUUCUAGCUUUGAUACUGCUGGGCAGUUUCACCAUUUGAAAAACAAAUUAGAAGGCUCUACUAUUGUGUAGAAUGCAAACUCAUUAAAUUGUGUUUUCUUUUGUAAUAAAGUUAAUGGAUCUUACCAUUAAAUGGCUAUAGGAAUAAGUGGGAUUUACUUCUAAGGAAACAUGCUGCAGAUUGUAAGUCUAAAGAGCAGGCACAUGGCUUUUGUAAGUUAAACUACUAAGAGAAUCUUCUCAGUACUACCCAUUAUGUCGUGAACUGUAACUGUGUGCACUUUAUUAUUUUCUUUAAAUAAAUAUUUCAGGGAUUUUCAAAUGUCAGAUACAGAGGUACUGUUUUAGAGAAUGAAGUUCCAUCAUUGAAAACAAUUGAAGGGGCUCCUUAAGACUUCUUGUAAGCAAUUCUCUUUCUGGUUUUCAGGUAAACAGGUAUAAUCCCCAUAUUUUGAGAUACCUUUCAGGGCAACCUAAAACAUUUAUAUAAUUGCACUCAUUUCCUUAUUGUUUGGACAUUUAUAUUGCAAAAAUUAUAAUGAAUUGGUACCUUUAUGUCUUUCUUUGUGUUUAUUUUGAAACAUACAGGCUAAAAAUCUAUUUGUGACAUACCCAAAGAUCUGAGUAUGCUGAAUUUUUCCCCCUUAGUUUGUUAUUGUUGUUGUCAUUGCAAAAUAAAAUAUUCUACCUACAAAGCCCCAAAAUCAAUUUAAUAAAUAGAAAUGCUCUACAGUUAAAAAGUG